UCUGUGGUCUCCUUUCCCAUCUCCUCGGAAGGCACUGAGCAGGGAGAAGAUCAGCAGAUCUCAGAAAGGGAUCACAGGAGGCCCCACAAGCACCGAGCUCGGCACGCCCGAUUCCGGAGGAGCGAGAGCUUGUCGGAGAAGCAGGUGAAGGAAGCCAAGUCCAAGUGUAAGAGCAUCGCCCUCCUCCUCACGAACGCCCUCAACCCCAACUCCAAGGGGGUUUUGAUGUUCAAGAAGCGCCGCCGGAGGGCGAAGAAGUACACCUUGGUCAGUUACGGCACGGGAGAGCUCCGGCGCGAAGCCGACACCGAAGAAGAAAGCGAAAGGGACGGCCUCGUGGAAGUCAAGUUCACUAGCGAGUCGGAGGUCGAUGAAGAGAUCUUCUCCGACGCUGACGACGACAAUCCAGAGACCCCGGCGGGGACCCGUGACUGGGACCGAUCUGGCCCCGUAGACGAGGACAAGAAGCUCAGAAGCAGAGACAAGAUGCAGAUGCUGCCAGACAGCUCGGGGAAGGGCGUGCUCAUGUUUGCCAAGAGGAGGGAGAGGAUGGACCAGAUCACCGCAGAGCAAGAGGAGAAGGCCGAGGGAGUGCCGGCCGGCGGGGAAUUCGAGGAUGGCCGCGCAGACGGGCUCAGAACAGUCGCUUCCUACCAGAGGAGAGAGGAAGAGAGCAUGCGAGUGCAGAGCUCCAGCGCCGUGAGCAAGAGUUACGUGGAAGGAAGCCACACGGUGCAGCACAACGGUUUCAGCGGAGCCCCUGAGAUGCCAGAGGCCCAGAGAUUGGCCGCCUCCAAUAGGACUGCCAAGCCCUUCCCGGGAUCCAUGAAUCAGACGGCCGCGCCAUUUUCCCCUACCAGAAACCUAGCGAGCCCCCUGUACGACUUUCCUGCGCCGCCCCCCUACUCUGCGGUCAGCCCUCCUCCGGAAGUCUUGUCCAGAGGGAUGUCUAGCCCCUUAGCCAGCCCGGCGCAGCCACCGCCAUGGCCCCAGCCGGCCCCGUGGUCCCCGCAGGCUUUCUAUGAGCAACCAGAGCAGAUCGCUUCCCGGGAUGAGAGGAUUUCGGUGCCGGCCAAGAGAACGGGCAUACUGCAAGAGGCCAGGAGGAGAGGCGCCUCGAAGCCCAUGUUUACCUUCAAAGAAGCACCCAAGGUCAGCCCUAACCCCGAACUGUUGUCACUGGUGCAGAAUGCAGAGGGCAAGCGGGGGGCUGGGGCCGGGUUCGAAUCCGGCCCCGAAGAAGACUACCUCAGCCUUGGAGCGGAGGCUUGCAACUUCAUGCAGGGCCACUCUUCGAAGCAGAAGACCCCACCUCCCGUCGCCCCCAAACCCUCUGCCAAACCCUCCUCCUCUCAGCCAACCACUCCCAUCUCCCCAGUCUGGUGUCCACCGAGCCAGACGCCUCCGUUCCCCGUUUCCAACCAGUCUCAGGGGAUCGUCGCCUCCGCCAUCAAAAUAGCUCGGCCUGCUAGCACUCCUUACCAACCUCCACCUCCUCCCGCGAAUGUGGCCGGGCCCUUUAAAGGACCCCAGGCCGCAGUAGCCAGCGUGAACUACACGCCCAAGGUGACGCCCAUGGGAAACGCUACCCCGACGACAGCCUCCGGGCCGGGACCCUCCAACGAAUUGCCGAAAAUGAGCGGCAAAGGAGCCGAGCUCUUUGCUAAGAGGCAGUCACGGAUGGAGAAAUAUGUGGUAGACUCGGAAAAAGUGCAGGCCCACAUGGCCCGGCCUCAGUCUCCCACUCCGUCUUUACCGGCUUCCUGGAAAUAUUCCUCUAACGUUCGAGCCCCUCCGCCGGUGGCUUACAAUCCCAUCCACUCCCCGGCCUACCCUCCAGCAGCCAUGAAGUCUCAGACGCUGGCGACGGCUUCGGCCGCCUCCAAACAGAGCAAGAAAAAGGGCAAGAAGCCCCUCAACGCUUUAGACGUGAUGAAGCACCAACCGUACCAGCUCAAUGCAUCUCUCUUCACUUUCCAGCCUCCAGAUGCCAAGGAGAUCCCGAUCCCAAAGCCAGCUGCCAAGCUUGGGCCAGUCCCAGUCUUGAAGUCAGCUGUUCCUUCCGCCCAAGCGCCGGUCAAUGCGAGCUUGCCCAGCACCUUCCGAGCUUCCUCCGUGUGCUCGAUGCCAGCCUACCCCUCGCAGCCCGCCUUCUACUCCGAGGCCGCGGCCACUCCAGUCAGCCCGUCCCCGGCGCCGCCGCCUAGCCUGCCCACCUCUCCCAAGCCGGAGUCGACCCCCCCGACUUACUUUGUGGCUCCGAGGCCCAAGUUCUCGGCCAAGAAAAGCGGCGUCACGGUUCAGGAUGAUGGACAGUCAUCACUUUUUAGAAGACCAGUUACACCCACUCUAUCUCCCACUUCUCCUCUGAUGUUCCAACCUUCCCCCAGUUACCCCAGCAAACCAGCUGGUGAGCCUGCAAAACCCAACAAGAGACUCACACCUUGGGAAGCAGCCUCUAGGUCUCCCCUUGGCCUUGUGGAUGAUGCCUUUGGCCCCAGAAACAUCCAAGAUUCCAUUGUGGCCCAUGUAGUCUCUGCUGCCCAGAGGAAAAGCUUGCCAGAGCCACUUGAGGACUGGAAACUGGGAGUUUCCUAUGCACCUCAGUUUCAGAAGACGAACCUGGGUUCACUCAACAGGAGGGAAAAUGGCAUCGCUAGCCUGCCAAAGAGCACCAGAGAAACCAUUUAUGCCAACAGCCAGUAUGAUGUCCCAUUGCCAUAUUCUGCCUAUUACAGGAAGCCCUCUAGGACUGGGUUUGAGAGAAUGACCAUGGAGACCAAGUCUGAGUACGGCUUCUCCUUCAGGGAUGGCAACUAUAAUCCCCACCCAAGAGGAUGGAAGCGUGAGACCUGA